AGUAACGACUAUAAAAGACCCACAACUUUGAGGUUUUAGUCAGUAUCAACCAAAAUGAAGCUACAACUUGUCUUGUUAACUGUGAGCAUUGCUUAUGCAUUUGCUACUCCAACUCUCAACGUUGAACAUGAAUGGUCCAACUUUAAGUUGAAACAUGGAAAAUCUUACACCACCCCAGACGAAGAAACCAAACGCCAAACCAUCUUCGCUGAAACUCUAAAAGAAAUCGAAGAGCACAACAAAAAAUUCGAAGAAGGCCUGGUAACCUUCACAAUGAGUGUAAACCAAUUCAGCGACAUGACAGACGAAGAACUAUCAACAAGAAGCGGCCUUCAACCUGAACACAACCUGGAAGAUCUUGGAGUUGAAGUCAAACAAUUCAAACGUCCAGAGAAGUUCACCCUGCCUGACGAGCUGGACUGGAGCCUCAAAGGGGCUGUUACUCCAAUCAAAAACCAACUGGCUUGUGAAUCGUGCUGGGCCUUCGCCACUACUGGCGUGUUGGAAGCCCAAUACUUCCUCAAAACCGGUGAACUUAAGUCGCUCAGCGAGAAGAACCUCAUGGAUUGCGCCGAUGGGUCCUACGGCAGCCACAGUUGCCACAAAGGGACUUACGCUGGAGCCCUCAUGUACGUCAGGGAUAACAAGGGCAUUGAGGCGGAAGAAACCUACCCCUACCAACCGGUGGACGGGAAGUGCCUCUACGAAGCCAAGAACAACGUUUUCAAGAACGUUUCAGUGAAACAUAUCUAUCGCAUUGAAGAAGACAACGAGGUUGAUCUUAAGAUUGCUCUUGCUACGGUGGGUCCGAUUGCUGUGGCCGUCUAUUCCCAUGACAGGACGUUCAAACACUACAAGGAUGGUAUCUAUUACAAUGAUAAUUGUAAGCGUGUUGACCAUGCUGUCUUGCUGGUUGGUUAUGGUACUGAAAAUGGUGUGGAUUAUUGGCUGAUCAAAAACUCGUGGGGUGAAGAUUGGGGUAUUAAAGGAUAUGGGAAAAUGGCCAGGAAUAGAUGCAGCAAUUGUGGUAUUGCCUACAUGCCUUAUUAUGCUGAACUUUCAUAAAUAAUAAUAAAUAAAUAACAUAAUAUAAAA